GUGACACUGAGACCAGCAGCCGUGGUGGGAUUGAGGGGGACAAAGCAGGAGCAGAACAUGGACUAUCCAACAAGCGCGCUCGAGCCAAGACCAGCGUAGGGAAGGAUCGGCUGUCGCUGGGAAUGGAGACCGGAGAGGGCAGCAUCUCUCCCGGCGACGAGCGCUCACUUGCAUCGUUCGAUAGCAGGAUGCCUGCCAGCACCUCCUUGGCGUUUUCAGACCUGACUGAGGAGUUAAUGGACGGGAUGCAUGAGGAAUUAAUCAGGGAAAUUGAAGAACUAAGAUCGGAGAAUGAUUAUUUAAAGGACGAAAUGGAGGAGCUCCGGUCUGAGAUGCUGGAGAUGAGAGACAUGUAUAUGGAGGAGGAUGUUUAUCAGCUUCAGGAGCUCAGACAGCAGCUGGAUCAGGCAAACAAGAACUGCCGCAUCCUGCAGUACCGCCUUAAGAAGGCAGAGAGACGCAGCAUCCGUGUGGCUCAGACCGGACAGGUGGACGGAGAGCUUAUUCGCACACUAGAGCAAGAUGUCAAGGUGGCUAAGGACGUGUCCAUCCGUGUUCACAACGAACUUGAUGCUGUGGAGAAGAAGAGAUCUCGUCUGGAGCAGGAGAAUGAGGAGUUGAGGGUGAGGCUACAGGAACUGGAGGUGGCCAAACAGGUCCUGCAGGCAGAGAUGGAGAAAACCAGAGAGAAUGCUUUGAAGAAGAGGGCUGCCAGGCCAAACAAUAAACCUGAUAAAAAAGCAUCAUCUCAGCUUCCAGAGGACAGUUCCGACCUAAAAUGCCAGCUCCAUUUCGCCAAGGAGGAGUCAGCCCUCAUGUGCAAGAAGCUCACCAAAAUGGUGAAAGACAACGAGGCCAUGAGGGAGGAACUGGUGAAGUAUCGCUCUGUCUACGGUGACGUUGAUGCAUCUUUGACUGUUGAAGAUGUUGCUGACUCUCCUCACACUCGUGAGGCAGAAGUCAAAGUUCACCUAAAACUAGUGGAAGAAGAGGCAAACCUUCUGAGCCGACGAAUUGUGGAGCUAGAGGUGGAUAACCGUGGGCUUCGUGCCGAAAUGGAUGAUCUGAAGAUCCAGGAAUCCCCAGGUGGUGUUAGCAUCCCAGGAGGAGUUGGAGGUCAUCUUCUGCUUUCCUCAUCAAAUGAGAAUGUGAUGGAGCUACAGCGCCACCUACAGUUUGUUGAAGAAGAGGCAGAGCUGUUGCGGCGAUCGCUGAUUGAAAUGGAAGAGCAGAACAAGCUCUUGAUGAAUGAGCUCAAUCACUACAAAUCCGAGCUUCCUGCUGUCACUGAGAUUGAGCCAACCGCAACCAUUACGUCACCCACAAUCAUUUAUGGAGCUUCUGAAGAUGGAGGAUCUGGUCCAAAUGAAGCUGUCUAUAAAGAAUUGCUGGCUACCAGGCUGCAGAUUGCAGAGCUGAAUGGAAAGGUAAAGAAGCUCCAGUAUGAGAAUCGAGUACUUCUCUCCAACCUCCAACGGUGUGACUUGGCCUCCAACCAGGGCUCAGAGCGUCCAGCACUUGAGACCGAUGCUGAAGCAGGGGACUCGGCUGAGUGCCUCCCCAGCCAAACGCAUCAUGAGGGGCCUGUUGGGGAUGAGCGAAUCAAUAUUUUUGGGGAGAAGAAUCAAAAAGUUUCAGGAACAAGACAUAUUCAUACAUCUCAGUGCCUCAGCAUUAAGGAUCUUCUCGCAAUCCGUGACCAGGCUCAACUCGUUACCUCAGCCAUUCAGCUUCUUACGUCACCCAACUCCACCUGCCUCUCAGCUGAUGUCAUCUAUCACAAAAUCACAGCCAAUGAGUCUGCAGAACCAGUUCUUUUGGAGAAGAUCCAGACACAGGGGUCCACGCUGCCUUUGGUGGAGGCCCUUCAUGGGAGACUGGAGUCCCUUCAGGCUCAGCUGCAGGCCCUCAGUGAGAGGGUGGAUGCUCUGGGGCAGUCCCCCGAGAGGGAGCAUGUGGAAGGGUUGUCCCAGUUGCUCCUGCUUUCCGAGUGUGGGGACCCUGCAGCAAAUUGCUCAUGCCCUGCAGAUGCUCAGGUUGACCAGAACACAGUCCAACAAAAGCCUGACUCUAGAGACCAGCCAGACUGUGAGGUCAAAGUUCACCCGUGCAAGGCAGAGAAGGAGAGCAGCAGCCACAAAGACAGCAACAAAGAUGAAGAGCCUGACUUGAAGGAAGCAAACGCUGUUCUGCUGUCAGAGCAGGUUGGUGAGCUGCUCGCUCUGUUGUCAGAAGCGAGAGAGAAAGCUCAGGGAGCACAGGAAGCACUGUCACAGGAGAGACAUGCACACCACAUUGACACGCAUAAACUCUCUCAGUUUCAUGAAGAGCAUCAGAAGGCCCUCCUCCGUCGAGACUUCCAGCUGCAGAGUCUGAGUCUACAGACGCGUAUACAACAGAAGCUGUGGAGUCAGGAGAGGAACCUGCUGGUACAGGAGUCACAGCAGCUCAAAGAGAGUCUGCUGCUCAUCAGCCUCAAACUGCGCUGGCUCCUGAAACAGUGGAGAAUCGGCAAGAAACUAGACAUAGAGGGCAAAGAUAUACUGGAGGUAAACAGUGUCAAGGAUCUCCGUAUUUUGCUUGAGGAAGAUGGACUUUCUUCUCACUAUGUAGACAACAAGAUGUCGGCUGCUGAGGAGCAAACACUCAACCCUUCACCCAAAGAGCACACCAUCACAGAGAAAAGCUGCACACAGCAGCCUAGCUGUUUUGGCAGUACUCUGUCGGACCUGAAGGUGGCGUUACAAGAUCUUAGCACCGAGCUGCGCGAGGAGCAACAAAGUUCUCAAGAGCUAACGCAGCAGUUUGCCCGUGCUAAAGCAUCAUGGGAAGUUGAGCGGAUUGAACUCAAGAGCAUCAUCAUUCAGCUGGAGGGAAAAGUGGGGAAAUCUUCUGUGACUGAGGGUGAAAAGGAAUCUCCAGAUCUCAAGGGGGCGCUGAAAAAGGAGCGAGAGGAUCAUCAACACCUGCUAGCGGACUCUUACGCUGCCGUGAUGGACCUCACCAAACAGCUGCAGAUUAGUGAGAGGAACCGGAGUCGAGAGAGACUAGAGCUGCUGGAGCACUUCAAACAGGAAAGAAGCCAAUGGGAACAGCAUUUAAGAGAUGCCCAGAGCAAAAGCACACAGGCUCUUUACGAUAAAACCUCAGAGAAGGAAACAUCAGCGGAUACAGCCACCAACAGCUUUGCCUUACAAAGGACAAAGUCUGUUUCCGCCCUCUCUGAAUUUAAGAGUCUGCUGGACACCAGUCUCUUCCUUCUUGGACACAAUGUCAACGGUGUACAAGAUGGAAAUGUUGGGCAGCACCAAUCCACCGUCCAUUUGUCCCUGCUGGCUCGCACUGAUCUGAGUGACCUUAACAAGAAGAAUUGGAAGUACCUUACCAGCGAUUAUGCCAUAUUUGAGAAGGGCGACCAAUUUAAGACAUGGGACUGCCCGAGAACCAACUCCAACAGCAGCUUCCCAGGACUGGAGCUGAGCAAGGAGUACAUCCAAAGAAGCUACACCGCUCCAGAUAAGACAGGCAUUCGCAUCUAUUAUAGUCCUCCAACAGUGAGAAGAAUGGAGAGGAGGCCAGUCAAGGAAAAGGCUCAGCAGGAGCCCCAGCAUGGAUUUGCAUCAAGGGACAUAGACAUGAUGGAUCCAUCAGGUCAAACCUCUGAAUCAGCACCCUUAUCAACCACUUCCGCAUCAUCUUAUGAGCAAUGGUUGAGUUCACUUUCACAGGAGCAUAGAGACCUACUUGAGGGACAAACAGGAGGUUCUGCUCCAUUCCAUGGACUGGAGAUUUCAGGCAACCUUAGUGAUGACAUGAAGGAGAUGACCAACUGCGUGCGACAGGCCAUUCGCUCCAGUUCCCAGGAGAGGAAGUGCAGUAAAGAUACUGGGAGCCAAACUGUGGGUGUUUCUAGUACAGGAACGCAAACAGCACAGUUUGUCAGCAUUGGCCUACAAACGGAUGGCCCUGUUUCAACAGCUAGAGGCAUUCAAGGGAAAGUGUGGUCUCCUCGUCCAUCCACCUCACUUGCAUCAUCACGGUCCCGACAAAUCUCAUCAUCGCUGGAGAAAGUCCACAGUCGCAUAGAUAGACCCUGUUGCUCACCCAAAUAUGGCUCACCCAAGCUUACCCGUAGGAUCUCUACCUCCUCCUCUAAACUUGAGACCUCCUCCACAUCCUCAAAGGAACGCAGUGUCUGGAAUCUUCAAAACCGCAGUGGAUCACAGAAUGGUUCUGCAUGGGCACGUUCCACCACCACUCGUGACAGUCCAGUGCUUAGCGGCCUCAACGAUGGCUUGUCCAGUCUUUUCAGUGUGGUGGAACACUCCGGAAGUGUUGAAUCACUAUGGAAAGCAGAUCCGUGUCCAGGAAGACAAGCCGCUGGGAAACCCUCCUGUCCUAGCUUUGGAAUUGGUUUGGGAGAAGCUGCAGCUCAGAGGAAUGGAAUGGUCCAGGAGUUUUUCCGCAACGUUUGUGGCAGGACAGCACCAGUGGGCACCAUGGACGAACCAAAACUUGAAAGCCUCCCUGGAUCCUUGAUUGGAACAGACAACAUUACGAAGAUCGUCAAUAAGAGGUUUAUGAAAACACAAAGAGACGAGUUGGUAGCCACAGGAAAGGACACAAUGAGCAUAAGCUCUAGUACCCUGGAGGAUUCCUUUUGUGACUGUACCUCACAAACCCUCACUACCUGUUUUGCCCGUCACUCCCGUGCUACCACGCGGCACACCAAUGGUCAGUGUAGGCACCGUCUGCAAGAGACAUCAAUCACGACUGAAGAACGAUUUGAUACCAGUAAUGAGUGAUGGGGAUGGCUUCUGUUGAUGCUUCCCAACAAGUAUACAGCAAAAAACUCUUAACACUCCCAAAACACUCAGCCUUGCACAUUGCCACACAAACAAACUGCCACAUACGCCAAUACACAGACACACCUCAAACCAAACACAUACAUAUUACUUCACACCUGUCAAAAUCCACAAAACUUUUUUCAGAACAAGACCUCAGUCUAACCAGCACACUUUAAUGCCAAGGAAGGGGAGGGAGCAUUGACCUCCCCUUUUGGUCCACCAUUCCACUCUCAACCAGCCCGAUUCUCUUUGUUAUUCCAUAAUUCCAGAGUAAGCCAGCCAGACCUGCCUUUGAAGUCCACUAUCCCAUUCCACAGUCAACCAGCCAGACCUCUCCUUAAACUCUGCCAUUCCACUGUUCUUCAUCCAGCCAACAGGACAGCUAACUUUAUUUUACCAUUUCAAUCAACUUGAGACAACUUGACAAACCCAAGAUAUCACUAGGGAUAACAUUUCAGUAGAUAUAAAGGGAAAUGCAGCUGAAAGAUCCUCAACAUGGCUUUCAGUAAAAGGAAAGGUUACAUCACAACUGCCCAACAACCCAUAUACCUGCCCUCUGAUAGCUGUAAAAUUGUUCUGUCACCAGCCCUUGAGGGGUUCAACAAGUUCACUAUAAAACUCAGCAUUUCAAACAUCUAAAUUAGACUGCCGUUGCUUUAGAUAGUCUAGAAAAAGUUUAUUCUUUGGAAGUGUUAUCAUCUAAACCCAAUGUGGUCUGAAUUUUUUCUUUCCCAAACUGUCCAUUUUCAUUCCACUGACAAUCAUCAAUCAUUGAAGCCUCUUUCAACCAAUGUACAAACUAACUGGGACAACUGUCAAUUUCAAACAAGCCAGAUACGAAACUUUGAAUCCACUCCUGGACCCGAUCAUAUGAUUGAUUAUAUUGCAUUCGGAAUCUGUCCUUUUUUAAAGACUUUGUAUGCUGUCUGAAAAUGUCUACGGAGAGAAUGUUGGUAGUAGGGAUUUGCACGGAUAGUCGUUAUUCAGUUAACUGUUUGAUGCGCCUGUAUUCGAAUACCAAAAUUACUAUUUGGAUAUUCUAAGUGCACUAGAGGUAUUCAAUACAAUCCAAGCCUGACGAUACCCAACAAAGCAUCAGGUUUUGGGCCAGGUUUGGGUUCGUUUUUCAAGUACAGGGUGAGUUUUGACUCUUUGACCGCUGCGCCCAUUGUUUUUUGGCAAAGUUUUAGUGCUUGAUAAACCAAUGUUUUUUUCCUUUUUGCUCUGGUGUGCAGACAUUAAUUCCACAUGUUAAAUGUUAUACCAUUUAAAAAUCAGAGCAUCCUGAAUUGGCUAACAAACCAUAACUUCAUGCACAUAACAAUACUAGCGUUUGCCCGGGCAGAGCACAUAUCAGGUUUGGUCUUAAAUUACAUAUAUUCCAUUGGUUAAGAAAAGUAUGCUGCAGGUAGUGACAGUUUGAUUAUUUUUGUUUUACUUUAUUGUGAAGGAUGUUUAUCAUUUUAAGAUCUAUGUAUUGUGCUAUUUAAGGUCAUAGCCCAUUGUGGACUUUAUACCCUACUAUUUUGAGUAGUGUUUGAUGCAUAUCCAUUGCAAUAAAUGUAACUCCCAAGUCCGACUCCCAACAAAUAGCCGAAUAACCAUUUGUGAAUCUUUGUGGUAAACUGAAUUUUACAAACGGUAACCGUGCAAAUCCUUAAUUGGUAGCUGUAGAGUAGGAAGAUCAGUUGUUUUGUUUGCUUUGGUACUUUGUACUAUAAGUGUGUGAACAUUAGAACAUUAACACAUCUCCAUUCCCUGACUAGGAUAUCCACAUGAAUUUUAAAGUUUAAAGUACAUUUCUGUAAUUGUCCCCCUCUUCUAUAGAAGACAUUUUGCUAGGUCUAUCUUUCUAUCUAGGUUUACCUCUCCAUUCUCUGCCAUCAUGUUGAUAUAAUCCUAAUAGACCUUAGUCAGGGUAAAUGCCUUAUUUGACAUGAUGAAUAAGAGGCUGUAAGUGAUAUGUUUAAAAUGAUGUACACUCUCUGGACAGGCUUAGAGAAAAAGCUGCUUUGAAUGGUGCUGGGCACACAUUCAUGAAUGCCUCCAUGUUGAGAUCAUUAUGCUGUCUAACCUGACUAAGGUCUAUAAUCCUAUUUUGACUUCUUUCUAGGCCCCAUUAAAGCCUCAUACUUAGUGACAAAAUACAAAUUACUCAGAUAUCAGAUACAUAAACAGAGAUAUGUUUAAGACUGAAACAUUGAAUUGAAAUUGGCCAUAGUGAUAUUUUGAGAUUAGUGAGAUUUAUUCAGAUAAUCCAAAAAUAUCAUCCAUAUUCUGACCGUUUGUUCAUGUAGCCAUGCAGUUAUUGUAAUACAAGCGUGUGCCUCCCUCUAGCUGCCCCUACAUCAGAGUCGAUUCUCGGCGAGUAUGUUUGGUAAAGUGUUUUCUGCAAACUUCAGUUGGAGUGGUGCUGCAAAAACUAAAGUUUAGUACUUUUUAAGUGCAUUUUUGGGCUUUGAUGACAUACAUUAGAGAAAACAUAUUUGUAUGCAUCUCUCAAGCUAUAAGGACAUGAUGGCUCAGCUCUUUCAUAAGGCAUUAGGGGAUAUUCAGAAUAUGAUCACUUUUUCCAGUUGUUCAACAUUUGGCCUUGUCAAAAAGAAAAAGAAAUAAUAAUAUCCCAGUGGCUCCUCUUUAUCCAUCAAAGCCUCGCCAUACAUCCCACAGCUACCUCUUAACUUAGAACUGUAUCUUACUAAGCCCAUUUAUGUUUCAUAUUGAAGGUCACUAGAGUGCCUUUUGUUAUUAAAGCAACAGGAUAUCUGUUAGGAGUAAGUCUUUGAGGAACUGCCUAUUGACCGCAAUGAAAUAACAGAUACUAUUAGCUACUGAAUCCGUCCAUUUCUUAGUAAUACAAAAUAUUAGGCAAAGUCUGUUUUUGAAAAAUGUAUUGAAGUGGAAAUCCAGUCUGUGUACAUUAUAUUUGAUUAUGGAUGCCAAAAUUCAUUUUAGGGCACAUACUUUUAGUAUUGAUCACCCAUGAAUUGUGAGUAAGAUCUGACAUUAAUAUGAUCAGUCCUACCUUUCUUUAUAAGACAUUUUCAUCCUAUUUCAAUGUUCCAUGAUUUAAGUCUGACAUUGUAGUUUUGCUCACAGUACAAAUGAGACAAAAGAUGUACCUUUCCUUAAAGUGUCCCUUAACCGGCCAGACAUCGUGUUCAUGUUUCUAAGCUUGGUCAGAUGACCUCUAAUUUACUCAGACGGGGAAUUUUCAUAGCUCAGGAGGCAAACUCUGAGCGCUCCCAACCAAAGUCUAUUUCAAACCCCAAUGAUGGGUUGAGAAAGGAAAAUAUUAAUGCACCCCAAAUUUACGAGAAGAAUGUACAGUAUAUAAUGACAAUUGGACACUUCUAGAGCAAAUAUUAAACCAUUAACAGCUGUUUUACUCCUCCUGUUGUCUUAAAAAACUGCACUGCCCUUUUGUCCUUCGGGUCAUUUUUGACCUAUAAUGAAAUCAAAAUGCUAAUUAUUCAAUAUAUAUAUAUAUUGAAUAUUUGUGGAGUAACAUAAUUAAAAAAAAUACUUUUAGCAUUUUAUAAAUAUAUAAAAUAUAUUACAACAAUUUCUUAUUUAUUUUGCUUGUAGAAAAUCAACAGUGUACAUUUUAAAGUUAAAAUUUUAGUGCAUGUCUAUUUCACAAAUUAAUCUGUAAUGCCUUUGCCAGCAGUCAAAAUGGGCCCACUUUGAAUGUCCAUUGUAACAAAUCCAUUUCUUUUCACUAAUGUUAAACAUAUUGUUGCAGCGUUACAGUUAGUAAUUUAUUAUUCCUAACAUAUAAACUGUUCGAUACUGUAACAAAGUUGACAUUUUUUUUUUAUAUUUUGGGGUCAAAUGUUAUUUAUAGUUGUACAAAAAAUUAUUUCAAUCUGUAUAACAUUCAGAAAGUGUGAAAGUGAAAGGUGUCUUGGUUCUUCCCAUUCUGGUCAGAACUUACAAUGGAAGGAAAA